UCGAGUCCCGCGUCGGUGUGUGCCGCACCGCACCGCUCCCGCCCGCUUCGCCGGGCCCCGCUGGCUGCGAAGAUGGGUGACAUGGAGUCCUACAAGGUGAUGCUGAAUGGGCCGGCACCCUGGGGCUUCAGGCUGCAGGGAGGGAAGGAUUUCAGCAUGCCACUCUCCAUCUCCAGGCUGACUCUGGGUGGGAAGGCAGCCCAGGCCGGCGUGGGAGUGGGUGACUGGGUGCUGUACAUCGAUGGGGAGAGCACCAGUGCCAUGACACACAUCGAGGCCCAGAACAGGAUCCGUGCCUGUGGGGACAGGCUUUGCCUCACCUUGAGCAGAGCCCAGAACCAGCUGGGGAAGCCACAGAAGGUGCUGAACCUUGACAAGCAGCCCCCACAGCUGCUGGAGUCCCCCAGCACCCCUGUGUGUGACCCUGUGAAGCUGCGGAUGUUAGAGGACAUUGACGACUCAAAGCCCCACAGCUGGACCUCCCAGUCCCGUUCCUUCCGCAAACUGUCGCGGCUGGUGGGCGCAGACAGCAUGGAGGAUGGUGAGGAAGAGCUUAUUAAAAAGCCCAGGGAUUCCCAUGGGUCCAGCUGGGGCACAGUGGAGCCGUGGCAGCCCCAGCAGCCUCUGGAGUCCCCCAGUACCCCCGGGUGUGAUCCUGGGAAGUUGCGGAUGUUGGAGGAUGCUGAGGGCUGGCAGCCCCGCACCGGGACCUCGCAGUCCCGCUCCUUCCGCAGACUGGCCCAGCUGACGGGCACAGAUGGCAUGGAGGAUGGUGAGGAUGAAUUAAUUAAAAAGCCCAGGGAUGCCCAUGGGUCCAACUGGGGCACGGGGCAACAUCGGCAGCCCCCACAGCUGCUGGAGCUCCCCAGUGACACUGUGUGUGACCCCGUGAAGCUGCGGAUGUUAGAGGACAUUGACGACUCAAAACCCCACACCUGGACGUCCCAGUCCCGUUCCUUCCGCAAACUGGCCCGGCUGGUGGGCGCAAGCAGCAUGGAUGAUGGUGAGGAAGAGCCUGUUAAAAAGCCCAGGGAUUCCCAUGGGUCCAGCUGGGGCACAGUGGAGCAGCGACAGUCCCCACAGCCCCUGGAGCCCCCCAGCACCCCUGGGUGCAACCCUGGGAAGCUGCGACUGAUAGAGGAUGCUGAGGACUGGCAGCCCCGCACCGGGACCUCGCAGUCCCGCACCUUCCGCAAACUGGCCCAGCUGACGGGCACCGACAGCAGCAUGGAGGAUCAUGAUGAUGUGUUUGUUAGGAAGCCCAGCCAGGUCUCCGUGCCGGACCCUUCCCCAGGAGCAACAAUGAAAACUGAACCAGGACUGGCCCCCAGGACCCCCAGUGCCACCCCCAGCCCCACCAGCCGCCCACCCUGGGCUGUGGACCCCUCGUUUGCCGAGCGCUACGCCCCGGACAAGACGAGCACGGUGGUGAGCAAGCACAGCCAGCCAGCCACACCAACCCCCAUGCAGAACCGCAGCUCCAUCGUGCAGGCGGCCCAGCAAGCCCCCGAGGGGCCCGGCCGCACCCCGCUCUGCUACAAGUGCAACAAGGUCAUCAGGGGACGGUACCUCGUGGCGCUGGGACAUUAUUACCACCCCGAGGAGUUCACCUGCUGCCAGUGCAGGAAGGUGCUGGAUGAGGGUGGCUUCUUUGAGGAGAAAGGCUCCAUCUUCUGCCCCAAGUGCUACGACACGCGCUACGCACCCAGCUGCGCUAAGUGCAAGAAGAAGAUCACUGGGGAGGUGAUGCACGCACUGAAGAUGACCUGGCACGUGCAGUGCUUCACCUGCAACGCCUGCAAAACUCCCAUCCGCAACCGAGCCUUCUACAUGGAGGAGGGACAGCCCUACUGUGAGAGAGACUAUGAGAAGAUGUUUGGCACCAAGUGCCGUGGCUGUGACUUCAAGAUCGAUGCUGGGGACCGGUUCCUGGAGGCGCUGGGGUUCAGCUGGCAUGACACUUGCUUUGUCUGUGCGAUCUGCCAGACCAACCUGGAAGGGAAGACAUUCUACUCCAAGAAGGACAAGCCACUGUGCAAGAGCCAUGCUUUCUCCCACGUGUGAGGAGUGGGAAUUCAGCUGUGCCCACACAUGCCCCUGGCCCUGCAUGCUCCUCUCCCCUUGCCCUGCUGGCCCCAGGGAGCCAGGCUGGGCCCUUGGCCCUUCUCCUUGCUCCUGCCUCUUUCCUGGCAGCUUCUGGCUCAACUCCAGCCAGAUACAGUGCUGGGUCCAGCGCUCCUUAUCGCUGGGUGGCUUCUUACAUGCUUCUCAACUGGCCCUAGGAGCCUGGGGAAGGGGAUUCUGCAUGGAUCCUCCUGCCCCUGAGCCAUGCUGCAUGGUGGGCAUAACCAUGCUGAGGCUGGAGUUGGAGGGGUCUGCCACAGCUGGGCUGCUCUCUUUCUGCCUGGCAGCUCAGUGCAGGGGCAGGGAUACUCCUUACACAUCCUUGAGUGAGUAAGGACCAGUUCCUGUCUCACUCUCCACCACCUUCCCUGCUGUGUGCUUGGGGCUGGAGACUUGGCCCUGCUCCCCUGCUGGGGCCCUGCUCAUGACAACACUCCAGCCACCCCUCAAACUGCCCUGGUGCCUUCCUGCCCCGGUGCCUUCCUGCCCCUUGCAUUCCAGAGGCAUCUGGGCCUCGUGCCCCCCACCCUGCUGGCCCUCUGCUCCCCUGGGGCUCGCCGCACCCCCAGCCCGGCGUGGCCCAGCUGUGGGCUGGCAGCAUGUGCUGAUGGCCAGCCCAGCCAGACGGCUGCUCCUGCAAGGCUUGGGCACAGCUUCCUACCAAAGAGCUCUCUGCCAUUGCCAUCCUGGGGCCAUCAAUGCCUCCCCCCCAACCCACACCCUCCGGUCAGGCUGCGCUGAUGUAGCCACGGUGCUUUUAGUGCCUUUAAUAAACACGUCUCUGCAAGUG